AUGACAGUCCAGACAACCGUCCUGAAGAACGGGAUCACCGUUGCCACGCAACGGUUCGACAAUGUCGAGAGCGUCUCGGUGGGCGCAUGGUUCAAGGCCGGCACCCGCAACGAACAGGACCAUGAGCACGGCAUCGCCCACAUGCUCGAGCACAUGGCCUUCAAGGGCACGGCGACGCGCAGCGCGCGCGACCUGGCCGAAGCCAUCGAAAAUGUCGGCGGCGACAUCAAUGCGGCGACCAGCGUCGAGACAACCUCCUUCUUCGUGCGCGUCUUGCGUCAGGACACGGCGCUGGCGAUCGACGUACUGGCCGACAUCCUGCAGAACUCCCGCUUUGACGCGGACGAACUGGAACGCGAAAAGCAUGUCGUCCUGCAGGAACUGGGCGCGGCGACCGACACGCCCGAUGAUGUCGUCUUCGACAGGUUCACCGAAACCGCCUUCCGUCACCAGCCGGUCGGUCGCUCGAUCCUUGGUACGCGGGACACCAUCGCAUCUUUCACCUCGGACAUGAUCCGUGCCUAUGUCGAUCGCGAAUAUAGCGGCGAACGCAUGGUGAUUGCGGCGACCGGUGCCGUCGACCAUGACGAGAUCGUCCGGAUGGCCGAACAGCGCUUUUCGACCAUGAAGCCCUCGGCCGAGGGCCGCGAGCUUGGCCUGGCGCAUUAUGUGGGCGGCGACUAUCGCGAGCAGCGCGCCCUUCAGGACACGCAGCUUGUGCUCGGUUUCGAGGGGCGCGCCUAUCAUGUGCGCGACUAUUAUUGCAGCCAGGUGUUGGCAAUGCUGCUGGGCGGGGCCAUGUCCUCGCGCCUGUUUCAGGAAGUGCGCGAAAAGCACGGGCUUUGCUAUUCGAUCUAUGCAUUUCAUUGGGGCUUUUCCGACACCGGGAUUUUCGGCGUCCAUGCGGCCACCGAGCCGGGCGACCUGCCCAAGCUCCUCGAACUGAUCAUCGGCGAAUUGUCGCGCGCGGCCUUCGACAUCGAACAGAGCGAACUGGACCGUGCGCGGGCGCAGUUCCGCGCCAGCCUUUUGAUGUCGGGUGAGAGCGCGCCGAGCCGCGCCGGACAGAUCGCGCGGCAGAUCCUGCUGUUCGGCCGUCCGAUCCCCAAUGAGGAACUUCUGCUGCGGCUCGACAACCUCACCGUGGCGCGCCUGCGCGAUCUGGCCGGCCGCAUCUUCGUUGAAUCGGCGCCCACCGUUUCGGCCGUGGGGCCGGUCGAUACGCUGAUGGACAUGGACGACAUUCGCGCAAGGCUGGCCGCGGGCGCGCCGCAACAGGGCACGGCGCAACAUCGGCGCGCGGCGGUCGGCUGA